AUGAUGAUUUUGACCCGACAACCGACACAAACCAUCUGCCUGGGUAUGUUAGCUUUUGUUAUCAGUGGAACAUGGGGAUAUCGCUUGGGACUUGAAGUUAUUAAUGUGACAGUCUGUGGAAAGUACGAUAAGCCUCCAACGUUUACAGUUUCUCCAUGGCCUUUCUUUCCUGCUGGAAUUCAUAUAAAUUGGAAUGUAACAUUUGCACCUGCGGUAGAUGUUCUUGAAGCAUCCAUGCAAUACGAAGUGGUCUCCAACGGCAAGGUUAUUGUUUGGAACAGACUCGACAGUGUGUGCCAUGCGUACCCAUACUUGUGCAGCUUACCUGCUGGUGAAACCAUAGUGUUGGCUGCAUCUGGAGAAUUGCCCGUAAUUCCUCAACUUUUAAAGAAUCGAAUCUGCAAGGCGAAAGUUCAACUUUUCAAUGAAGAGGAUAUCAUGUUUCUCUGUUGUGAGAUCGUGGGCAAGGGUUCAGUUCUUUUCCUGGACUACGCACACUGUCGCCGUCGUUCCCCUGACCGGUUUCUCUUUCAAUGCGGUAUGUAUGCUUUUGGCAGAAACAGCAUUAUGGCUUUCGUUGCAGUAUCUCCUGAUUGA